AUUGCAUUAUAAAAUUAUUUAAUUACCCAUGAAAGAGGGAGAGGGUUGACAGUCAGCAAACCGCAAGCGCACCUACAGAAUGAGAGAGAUAAAAGUACAGAUCAGCAUGGAGAGCAGAGAGAUCCGCAACGGGAUCAAGCCAGCCUGCCAGUCGACAAAUGUGUCGCUGCCCCCACCUAGAACGCCGACGACCCUGAAGCCAGGCUGCCAGCCGUGUGGUCAGGCAUUUAUUUAUUUUUCAUCAGAGUGCAACCGCAAUAAUGAGAAGGGAAAAUACAACAAAAAUACAACCUACUCGCGCAUUGACUCCACUCCACUCUACCGUUCGUGUAGGUGCGUGCGUGUGGGUGGACUGGGUGCUGAACUUGUUCAAGUGCAUGCCGACGCUGCCGCUGCGCAGUCGCUGCUGGCGUUGUCGACCCAAUGGCAACGCUGACAGUGUCAAUAUUGAGUCGGCUGCAUUUUUUUGGCGUUCAUUCCACUCUCCUCCCGCAUAGCUGCUAACAAACAAAAUGCAAUAAUUUGAAAAUAAAAGUGUUUAAAAAUGUUGAAAAUAAAUACGCAAAGCGGCAAACAAAAGACAACAUGAAAUAAGAGAAACAACAAAUGAAACGCUGACGAGCAGACGUCGACACCAGCGCGCUGCAUCUGUUUGUGCAUGUGUGCGUGUGCGUGUGUGGCUGCAGCUUUGACUUAAUUUCAGUGCGUUCAACCUAGGAGUGAGCGAGACGAAGAGUGUUGAAGAGCAAAAGCUCUCUGAGAAAAGUUCAUUAGGAAUAAUUGAUAGUGCGAGCGAGCGAGAG